UCUCUCUCUUCCUAAAAUCAAGAUGGCUGGCGACGCUGACCAGGAAGUGAGAUAAACAACCGUUCCGAAAGAAAUAUGGAUUAAAUUCGGAGUUCAGUACGGUCUAAAACAUCUUUUAGGGACUGUCAGACGCUGAGGUGAGGAAAAUCACGAGGAAAUGAGUUUUAAUUGUACCCGACAUGGCUGGAAUAUGAUGAAAUGCAUCUCUCCAUUGGGCACGCCGGUCAGCUCAGUCCCUGUGGUGCUGCAUAGAGCCUGAUGCCCAUUCUCGCAACAUCUGUCGUCAUGGACACGGAGGACUUCCUGCACCCAGAGGGCCCUCAGCUGGAGAGCCCUAAAUACAAUGCGCCCAGUCCUCCACUCCCCAAUACCAUCGAGAGUCAGCCGUUUCGCUCUAACCCGUGGCCAUUUCCCCAGCAGCCUCAGUACAACCAGUACAGCUAUCCUAUGCAACAAUCUGCGAGGCAGUUCGAUCCUUCGUCUGUGGACGAGUUCAACUCAUUUAACAGCGUGGAUUUCUCAGACCUCACAUCAGGCAGAAAUGGAGAAUUCGGACCAGAUCUGCCAUGUAUGGAUGACCUGUCCAACACGUCCCUGUUCUCUUCUACCCCUGACUCUCUUUCUGAAUAUCCUGACCCUGCUGGCUUUAGCAUUGAAGGCCUGUCCCACAUAACCAGCGAGGGCUCCGCCUCAACACCAGCAUUCUGGGACACACCUGGACACAGCCAGAGACAGUUGACCAGGUGUCCAGGUUUACUGGAAGACAUCAAUGCCAUCUUGAACAACCAACAAUUACUAUAUAAGCUCCCUGAAAUCGGUCAGACUCCGCCAGAGGAGGAAGAAGAGGCAGAUGAGGAAGAGACGGAAGAACUCGGUCAUGUUGACACUUACGCUGAAUACAAGCCAUCCAAAUCUACUAUAGGAAUUUCUCAUCCAGACAUUGUGGUAGAGACCAGCACACUCUCCAGCGUCCCUCCCCCCGACAUUACCUACACACUCUCCAUCCCAGAAAACACUAUCCGGACUGGCCUGCUUUCUGCUCUGCAGCUCGAAGCCAUUGUUUACGCCUGCCAGCAACACGAGGUUAUCCUGAAGAAUGACCAGAGGGCAGGUUUUCUGAUUGGGGAUGGAGCCGGUGUGGGGAAGGGUCGCACCAUAGCUGGCAUUAUACUGGAGAACUACUUAAAAGGAAGGAAGCGAGCCCUGUGGUUCAGUGUGUCUAAUGAUCUGAAGUAUGACGCAGAACGAGACCUCAAGGACAUAGAUGCCCCGAUUAUUCCUGUGUUUGCUUUAAACAAGAUUAAGUAUGGAGACACAGCUACCUCAGAGGGCGUCCUGUUUGCCACAUACUCAGCGCUGAUCGGGGAGAGUCAGGCAGGGGGACAGCACCGCACUCGACUCAAACAGAUAUUGGACUGGUGUAAACCUGGCUUUGACGGAGUCAUUGUGUUCGAUGAAUGCCAUAAAGCCAAAAAUGCGACAUCCACGAAGAUGGGCAAAGCUGUCCUGGAUCUGCAGAAUAAGCUGCCCCGGGCUAGGGUGGUGUAUGCUAGUGCCACAGGUGCCUCUGAGCCAAAGAACAUGAUCUAUAUGAGCCGGUUAGGGAUUUGGGGAGAGGGAACACCUUUCAAGGCUUUUGAGGACUUCCUACAUGCCAUUGAGAAGAGAGGUGUUGGCGCCAUGGAGAUAGUUGCCAUGGAUAUGAAAGUCAGUGGCAUGUACAUAGCCCGGCAGCUCAGCUUUUCUGGAGUGUCGUUUCGGAUAGAGGAAAUCGCACUGGAUGAGGAGUUCAAGGUGGUCUACAACAAGGCAGCCCGACUGUGGGCUGAAGCACUGGAGGUGUUCACCAAGGCAGCCGAUAUGCUGGGACUGGUCUCUCGUAAGUCCCUCUGGGGUCAGUUUUGGUCCUCUCACCAGCGCUUCUUUAAAUACCUCUGCAUCGCCGCCAAAGUGCGCCGCCUGGUGGAGCUCGCUAAGUCUGAGAUGAAUCAGGGCAAGUGCAUCGUGAUUGGGCUGCAGUCAACCGGUGAGGCCCGCACUCGUGAGGUUCUGGAUGAGAAUGAUGGACAUCUAGACCGAUUCGUCUCUGCAGCUGAGGGUGUGUUCCAGUCUCUGGUUCAGAAGCACUUUCCAUUAGAGAAACCGAAGAGAGAAAAGACUGCUGGAAAUAAAAGAAAACGAAAGCCGAGAGGUCGGCCACCCAAAUUUCCAAAACACUGUGUAGAGGUGGGCGGAGUUAUUAAGAUCAGUGACGGCUCAGAUUCUGACUCUGAUGACAUGGACAGCGAGUCAAACUCGUCCCCUGAGUCACUGCAAGACAAUGACGACGUCAUCUUUGUUAAUCACAUCAAUGGACCUACUGCAAAACUGGAGGAUUUGAAAUAUGGCUUGCUGGCUAAGAUAGCAGAGCUGGGAAAAGAGCUUCCUCUUAACACACUGGAUGAGCUGAUUGAUCAAUUUGGAGGGCCCGAGAAAGUGUCUGAAAUGACUGGUCGUAAGGGCCGAGUGGUGCGGAGACUGGAUGGCAGGGUGCAGUAUGAAUCGCGUGCUGAACAAGGAUUCACCAUCGACCACGUGAACAUCAAAGAGAAGGAACGCUUUAUGGACGGUGAAAAGUUGGUGGCGAUCAUCUCGGAGGCUGCAAGUUCAGGGAUUUCUCUCCAGGCAGAUAAACGUGUGCAGAAUAAAAGGAGAAGGGUGCACAUGACACUAGAGCUGCCAUGGAGUGCUGACCGUGCCAUCCAGCAAUUCGGUCGGACUCACCGUUCUAACCAGGUAAAUGCUCCAGAGUACAUCUUUCUCAUCUCCGAGUUAGCAGGAGAGAGACGCUUUGCUUCCAUUGUCGCCAAGCGCCUGGAGAGUUUGGGGGCACUGACACAUGGUGAUAGACGAGCCACUGAGUCCAGAGAUCUGAGCAAAUACAACUUUGAAAACAAAUAUGGCACAAAAGCUUUGGAUAAAAUCACUAAAGCCAUCCUAGGUUACAUCGAAAACAAAGUUCCUCCACCGAAAGGCUAUCCAGGGGGCGAAGCAAGAUUCUUUGCAGAAAUGAAGAAAGGGAUGAUUGACGUGGGCAUUUUCUGUAAGGAGCGAUUUGGCCUCAACACAGAGAAAGACUGCACCAUCACUAAAUUCCUGAAUCGGAUUCUGGGCCUGGAGGUGCACCAGCAGAACUUUCUCUUCCAGUACUUCAUCGACAACUUCGAAUACCUGAUUGACAAGGACAAAAAGGAAGGCAAAUACGACAUGGGUAUACUCGAUCUGGCUCCAGGUAAUGAUGAGAUCCAUGAAGAGAAACAGGAAGUGUUUCUGACUCCUGGGAACCCCCAAGAAGGCCAGGUCAUCCUCUAUAAGAUCAGUGUGGAUCGGGGGAUGCCGUGGGUCGAGGCCUUGCGCAAAGCAGAGACGCUGACUGGGGAGUAUGAGGGGUUCUAUCUUUCUCACAAGCUGCGAGGGAGCCAGCCGUGUGUGUUGCUGGCAGAGCAAGGCAGAGGUCGUAAUCUUGUUGUGUAUAAGCCUAACAUCGGUAGGCAGGCCCAUCCUGAGAAUUUGGAGAAUCUGCUGCAGCGGUACCGGAAGGUGGCACCAGACGAGGCCAAAGAUUGCUGGGAGAAUCAGUUUGUCUUCUCGUUCCAGAAGUGCUGCCACGCUAACUGGAAAGGUAAGUGUAAGCAGGUGGAGCAGGGUCAGGAGUGCUGGCUGGGCAUGCGUCUGCGACAGUACCACAUGCUGUGUGGGGCUUUGCUAAAAGUGUGGAAGCGAGUCGCAGACAUCGUCUCUGACAUCACCAACUCUAGCAUCCUGCAGAUUGUGCGCCUCAAAACUAAACAGAACAGCAAGCAAGUCGGCAUAAAGAUACCAGAGAACUGUGUGGAGCGUGUGCGCAGCGAGCUCUCUCAGAUGGAUGCUGCGGAGAAGCAAACUCGGCAGCUGAAGGAACAGAAAGCGCAGCAGGAGCGUGCAAAGGAACAGAAAGCGCUACAGGAGCGUGCAAAGGAACAGCGCAUCCGCCAGGAGUUUCUCAGGUUUGAGCCGCAGAAACUCUUCUUUGGCCACAAUCUCAUCAAUCGCCCUGCUAUGCAUCUACCAAACCCCCCACCAUACCCAGGCUCCCAGACUUGCCGUGCUGCCCUGCCCAAUAGCCAGGCUGUGGAUGAAGUGCUGGACCUCACCCUCAGCCCCUGCCCCUCCCCUGAGCCCAAAUCGACUCUCACAAACGGAGCACUGAGCCUGAACGGAGUAGCAGGGAUGAAUGGCAUCUUUGGUAUGCGGAGAGGAACAGGGGAAGGAGGGAUGAAGAUCCCCGAGACGUUUGACCUGGAAGAGCUGAUCUCACAGGAGCAGCAGAGGGAGAGGCGACUGACCUUACAGCACAACAUGGCCCAUAACAGCUUGGACACACUGCAAACCAUCCACACACUGAAGCAGCACACAGCUUUGAGCGUGCUGCAGCAAAACAGGGCAAACCCAGGACACUUGCUCACUCCCCAGCAGAACUCUAGUCAGUUUAACACGCCGCUGGUGAGACACAACGGGAGCAAACCAGACAUUAACACGCUAACCAACCACGGCAUACGCGUGCAGCAGUUUCCACAGCAUGUAAACUCCAUGUCACGGCCACCUCACUUGCUUCAGCCAGCUCCUAUACAGCAGGAUGGUCAUCAACACUCACUGAUGCGCGCACACACACACAGUUUGCAUACACACGUGCGGGAAAACAAAAUGCCAGUCAACGAACCUGCUCCUCUUUCACUAAAACUGAGUCAGCAGGGGUCAGUCAGCAGCCAGUCCAUAACAGAAAAUUCUGCAACUCCGCAGGAUGACUUCAGUUGCAACCUUGACCUCCUCACUCAUCCUUCAUACUCGGUAACCCCUCAAGCCCCUCCCUCACCUUCAUUUUCUAGUUCCUCCCCUGGGACAUCAUCACUCUUCUCUUCAGACCCUCAGUCUUCUUCCCUCUCAGACUCCAUCUCCCCUUCUUCUCUGUUUGCGCCGUUGUCCGUGCCUCUUUCAUUAGCCAGUGGUCACUGCAGCAUGGAUGCCCAGGGUGCCCACCACCCCAUGGCUCCUGGAGGUUCAGCAGACCGUCGCCACGCCGUCAUUCAGUACGAUUCUCUACACUGGCACACCACCUAGUGGCCACUAAGGCCUGCGUGCUCAUAUCGCCACUGUACAUGCACAUGGCAGUACUGUCACUCUUCUUUACUGGGAUCUCAGCAUGUCUGGCUGAGGUAUUUUGCAGUAGGUGUUUUUAUUUCUUUAGUUUGUCCCCGUCCCCACCCGUCUAGCAAGACGGUGACGUCCGAGACAUGCCUCACACUGUUCUGGAAAACCCUCAUCACUGCACCUUUAAUACUAUAGAAAAAUCAAAUACGUGAUGUAUAUUUAUUUAUACGGUCCUCGGGGUUGUCACACCUACUCCUGCUUCCUGUUGAGAGUUGAAUCAGACCUGGAAGAAAAUGCCUUUAGCUCAGUCAGUGCCUUUGUAUCAUUAAGAUGCAGUCAACAAUAGUGUGUGUGUGUGUGUGUGUGUGUGUGUGUUCCCGUGCAUGUGUGUAUGUUCUAUAAAAGCAGAUUAUUAUUUAUUAUCACGAUCAUUUUUCUCCCUCUAUGAGGAUUGUCUGCUCUACUUCACCAGAGGGGCUCAUUGACUUAGAAAUUUGUAAUACUGCUGUUUUACAUAUUGACCCCGUGAAAUUUUUAUUUUUUUUCCCCCCAUAAUUCCACGGGCCUGAGCCUGAGUAGAGGGACGAAUGGCUGGAAAUAUCUAGGGUAUGAAUAUAAAGCUAACAAACUAUCAUCCCUAGGUUCAUGAAGUACUCUGUUCGCUUUAUUGCUCGUUUUGUACUUUCUCAGGUAUAGCGUAUACUUAUUACUGUCCUGACCAAUUAUUAUUUAACUAAAAUAUAAAACCUUAAGGACCUUUUAUUAUUUUUUUUUUUUUUAAACUUUAGGGGUUGGACACCAAAUUAUUUAUUAGGCAACUCAGUUAUCUUAAGAGCUUUCUCCCCCCCCCCCCCAAUUAAACCAAUUACAAAGACUUUUCAAUAGUUAAUAUACUGGACCUCAUACAAACCUCAGCCUCCUUAAGGGAGCAAAACAUUUAGCAAUAAAGAUAAAUUUGCCCCUUGAACAAUUUUACUUUUUAUUUUUGCUUGUUAGGCUCUCGUUUCCUUUACAUAUUUUUUCAUAUGUAUCAGACGAUUAUUCUAUUUAAAAAAGGAAAGAAAAAAAAAAGAGAGAGAGAGAAAAGAUUACUAAGGAUACGUUUCUUAUGAGGUCAAGAUCUUCUUGUAUAGGUGGAAUGGAAGCAAUUUAUUGUCUUUGGUGUUGUUCUUGAUGUUUGUAUUCUUGUUAUAAUGACUAUAAUUAUUGUUAUUUAUAUCCAUGGGACAUUUUAGUGGUGAAUAGUCCUAGUUAUAAUCGUGUAGUUUAACACUUUUAAAAACAAAAAACAACAAAAAAAAAAAAACACGUCUUGUUCGGGUCUUCUCUUCCUUUCCCUUCACGUAUUCUCUAUUUACGGAAAGAAGAAACAGAAAAUAAAAAAACCCGUUUUAACUCGCCACCAAAUCUUCCUGCACUGCCUCGUACCCCAGUCCAGCAUCGCUGCGUCAUUUCUGUCUCCUCCAUCUUUCACAUUAAAGUGAUUCAAAUGUGCAGACUCUUUUUUUUUAAUUUUUUUUUUAUUUUAUUAUUGGGCUUUUUUAAUAGCCAUCGAUCCCAGUUCACACCAAAGUCUCUUGCUUGGUCUUGUGUAAUCUCAGGAAAAGUUAGGGAAUCUUUUUUAAAGCAAUGCACAGCAGUUGAAACACUGUGCUGCAUUUCUGACUACUGUAUUUCUUAGACUUGAGUUUUUCAAUUUUUCGAAACGAGACAGAAAAGUCGACCGGACCAUGAACACGGCUUUCCCGGAUAUUGAUUCGUAAAUCCCACCCUCCCAAAAAAAUAAAAAAUAAAUAAAACAUUUCACCAUUGAUUGGAUUGGACAGUCAGUUUCUUCCUUCUUUUUUUUUUUUUUUCUUUGUUGGCCAUCACUGUCCUGUUUACUGUCCUGUGUCGUCGUAAAUGGUUCCUUGACGAUUUGUCUCUAGUCCGAGAUCUUCGCCCACUGUGUAAAGAGAUGAGAUUCGCUCUGUUGUUACUCAGAAACUCGUCCAAUUUCUAUACUCUUUCUCUACCCUAUCUUUUUAUAUCCUGUCAGGCAAACAAAAAAAACUUAUCAAAGAAAUAAUGAAACCAACACUUUCAUAACAAAAAAUACAAAACAUUUAGUAAAAGUGCUACUGAUUGUAUGUAUUAUUAUUAUUAUUAUUGUUAUUUCCAGUUAAAAUUUAUUUUACGCACUUUUACCUUGGGCUUCUGUAUUUUAUCUGAAUAUUUAUGAGUUUAGUUGUGAAAUGUACAUAUUGUAAACAACUGUGCCUUUUGAUUCAUUCUGAAAAGUUUUCUACAACAUAACAGAAGGAAUAUAUUGUACCGCAAUAUUAAUUUUGUUAACAGACAAAAUAAAAGUUUAAAGAGUUUGUUGA